AUGUUGCAUCCCUCUGCGCUUCUUCUUCGCGUGAUUGAUCCAUUACCUGGAGAAAAUGAUAUGACGUUUAAGGUGUGCAUCAUGAAUCCAGUGCGUCCCACUGUUGCCCUUACCGUUGUAGAGCGCACAUACAAUCAGUGUUCCUUAUUGUGUACAAGAUUAGGAAAGUUUGUUUCAGAUCGAGAGUUACCGACACUUUUGGGACAAAGUCUCUUCAGAGGAAAUGAUCCGACGUAUGUUGAAGCACGGCGAACCUCUGUUGAAGUAUUUUUAAAUAGUGUGGUGAGUCACCGUUUGCUGUGCAGGGAUGAAGAGUUUUUAUCCCUCAUUGGAUUUGAGCAGGCAGCUUUACUUGAGCAGCGAAAAUAUGAAGAGAAUUUACAUCAUACUAGGGCAGAGGCAAGAUGUUCAGAUGAAUGGACAAUAGCACGUCGCUUGAUUACAGCAAGUUCUUUAUCUGAAGAUCACGAUUCAAAUAUUAUAGCAGCACGUAUGUGGCUUAGAGGAACACCAUUUGUAUUUCGUUCUAUUGUCCCAUCAUCAUCAUCAUCAUCUACACAAUUAACGCGGUGGAGGAAAACACGUAUCUUUGUUACAGAUGCUUCUAUAGGUACAGAGCUACUACUUGUGGUACAGCAUGUUGUUACAAUGGCAGAGAUUGAAGUACAUGCAUGGCAGAAGAUUCUUAUUGGAUUAAAUCCCACUCUUUUUUACGAUCCUUUAUAUGUAGAUGUAGCCGCUUCACGUGUAUUUGCUAUCUACCCAAUAGCCCCGCAAGGGAGUCUACGUGAUAUGCUUCUCUCACGUCGACCAUUUACAACAGAGAAAAAACAAGAACGUGAACAAAUUGUGAAACCAUUAGAAGUUUCACAAUUGCAACAAUUGGGUCGUAAAAUUCUUUACAUACUUUGUAGUUGUCAUCAGUACAACAUAUCACUUCCCAUACUCUCUAUUGGUAAUCUUAUACUUUCUGAGAGACAUGGAUUAGUACUCUCUGAUGUAGAGGAUAUUCUUGCAGGGACAUGUUUAUUUCCAUCACAUUAUCCAUAUAUAAUUCAAGAAGGGAAUGCACUUUUACCUCAACGAACACCUUUUGAUAUUCUUUUGUUUGGUGUUAUUCUUUUGCAAUUGUGUGGUGUUUGCGUAGAUGAACAGAUGUUGCAUACACUUCUGACAUGUCAAGGAGAACCCUUUAUUUCCGAUAGUAGUGAAGAAGAUGAAGAGACACCACGACGUAGUUGUCAUCACAUAAUAGCUAGAUUUACAGAAAUUCCAUUGGCAAUAAAAAAUAUUUUAUUUUAUAUAUUUCAUCCAACUAUUCCUGCAGAUUUGCGAGUAUUGGCUCAUCAUUGUUUCUUUAAUGAGAAUGAAUUGGACUCGGUAGAUUCAUUCAUCAACCCUUCCACCACAUCAACUGCCAAGAUGCGACGAAAAGAAGUGGAGUUAUUUCAUCGAUCACAAGACCGUUGGAAAGAGAGGUUAGAAACGGCUAGUGAAAUAAAGACACGUCUUGAAAUGGAACGAGAGCAUCUACUCCAGUUAAAACAAAAUGGCAAUAAAUGGCAAACCAGAAGAAAGAAUUUAACUAGAGAUUUGUUAAAGGUUGAAACAACUUCCAUUGUGGAUGAUCAAGUGACUAGUACAUUCUACAUUGAUGAGAGUGAAAUUUGCAAUCCUCAUCCUCCUAAUCCUAAUCCUAAUCUUCCUAAUCCUCCUCCUCCUCUUCUUCCGGUGAGAAUAAAAGAAGUUGCCGUAAUUGGGAAUCAGUUUAAAGUAUCGACUACAGCACCUCCUGCUCCACCUUUACCUCCUAUGUUAAUACCACGUUGGGUGUAA